CCUCGUACUGCUACUGAGGAGAUUAUUUCUUUUACACAGCUUUAUCAAAAGAUAGAAACAACAGAUACAGAAGAACGUUAUGGAAAAGCUAUUACAGUGGUCAACUGCGCAACAAUCUCAAGACCCUGAACUGCGUGCAAAAGCACCAGCUCCAGAUCCUAAACUCUUGGCACAGGUUUUGGGCGCAGAUACUGGAAAAGAUGAUACUACGCUAAUGAAGGAGGAUAUCAGUGUUUUAGUGUGUAAUGACCCACAAAUCAGUGUUGACGAUAAGCUUACUGCGUUGGAAGACUUUGAAAUAUUAGUCCAGAACUUGGACAAUGCGAACAACAUAUCUCCUCUAGGAAUAUGGCCUGAAAUCGCCAAGCUAUACACUUACGAAGGUGAGGAGCAGGAUGAGUUCAGAGGGCUAGGAGCACUUAUUACAGGAACCGCUGUGCAGAACAACGAUAAGGCUCAAAGAGACUUCCUGAAAUCAGUUGGCAUGGAGGGGAUGCAAAGGCUUCUCGAUUUGACGAGCAAAGAGAAUGGUUUCAAUGUCAGAGCACGGGCUUUGUAUGCUAUAAGUAGUUUGGUUGCACACAACGGAUUGUUAUAUGGUAUUUUUGUGAAAACCAACGGAUGGAAGCGAUUGGAGGGAAUCUUGUCCGAGGAUUUCUGCAACGACAAAAAGGAUAAUAAAGUCCUGCUAAGAAGUCUCAGUUUGCUAAAAUGCCUACUUUAUGACGAGAUUACUCAGGAAAAUGAGGCAGUGAAAACAUCGAAGGAAGACAGGUUUUCCGAGGCAAAGAGCUGUGGUGCUUUUAUGACAAUAAUUAAGAAAUUAUCUCCUGACUCACAUGUUGAAGUGAACGAGAGAAUCGUGAACACUUUGAGCUACGCUGCUUUGAAUAAAUACACUUUUUCACCAGAGGAGAUUUCUGCCAUGAAAGAAGGAUUGAACAAAUUGUCUUCGGCAAAAAUCACUGUGGAUAAGGAUGAUUUAGCUACUCUCCAAAAAUUUCUAUAACUCUAUUAGCCUUUUUAUAAACUCUCUAUUUGCUAAAUAACGAAUGCCUUUAAUUAAUUUACAACCCUACUA